ACAUGUUCGUAUCAGGAGUAUUAUUUGUUCAACUUUAAUACUCUGUCUUUUUUCUUUGGAGUCAGUAAAGAUGGCAGAGGGAUCUUUCUCAGCUACAGAGAUGUCAGAGAGCAGCUCCAGAGCAGAGGAUCCAGUGAUCCGGAUUCUUCUGAUCGGCAGAAAGGGUUCUGGGAAAAGCUCAUCUGGAAACACAAUACUGGGAGAAAAGAGGUUUAAAGUAGGUUUAAAGCAUGACGCUGAAAUUCAUGAGGAAGUAACUCAGAUCAGAGGGAAGCAGGUCUCUGUGAUUGAGUGUCCAGAUCUACUGGAUCCAGAUCUGAAUGAAGAGCAGCUGGAGAAGAUGAAAGAGCAGCUGGUCUCUGGAUGUUCAGCAGGUCUCAGUUCAGUUCUGCUCACUGUUCCUCUGGAGAAACCUCUGCAAAAUGAGCAGGAGAUCCUGGAUUAUAUCAAGUGUUUGUUUGGUCCUGAAGUUCAGAAAUACAUCAUGAUUCUGUUCACACAUGAAUGUGAAUCGGAUCAAACCAUCGCUGAACCUCAGACACAACACGAUCAUGCAGACCUCCAGCGACUGAUGACUGAAUGUGGGGGAAAGUUUCACUGUUUCAAUAACAGAAUUAAAUCAGACGAUCAGAUACAACAACUACUGAUGAAGAUUGAAGGAAAGAUGUUGGAGAACGGAGGGAAAUUUAUCAUGAAACAAUUAAAGAGGAGUAACAGCAAGGCCAAUCUUGUCAACUUUUCAGAAGAGUCUCCAGCAGCAGAUCCAGAUUUGUGAUUCCUAAGAGAAAAGACUAGAUCAGUCUGCUUGUGCUGGGAAAACUGGAUCAGGAGAAAGUGCUACUGGAAACCAACAUCAGCAGAAACAUGUUUUAGGUUCAGGCUGAUCCAUCUGCUUCCCUGUUGUCUGUGUCCUGUCAGUGUCUGCAGCUCGUGAGCUGAUUGCCCUCACCUGUCGUCCUGUCGCUUGUUUCCAGUUUCCGUUAUAUUCCCUGCUGUGUCUGUCCCUUGUCAGUAGAUUUUGUGUUGUCUUUGUGACUGUGCUGUGUGUCUGUGUUCCUCACCUUUUCCGUGGUUGUGCUCAGGACGUCUAGACGAGGAGUCUUUCGUUGGCCGCGUGCACGAGAUCCUCUGUCUCGUUUUUCCUCGUCCCAUUGGGUACUGCACCAGUGGUGGUCUCCACAGCCUGAGUCCGCUAGUGACUUUACGGACGGGUGCUUCUGGGUGCUUCACCAGUUUUUGGCUCAUGUGUGUGUCAUCACACGUUGGAUUAUUUUGGGAUUUUUCUGUUUUCUAAAAUAAACUGUUGCAUUAUUCUCUGCAUUUGAGUCCUCUCUCUUCAUGCACCCUGACAUUGCUAAAGAGAAAAUGUGAUGACCUCUUAAGUGGCACUUUCUCUUCAUAAUUAUAAACUGUUGUAUUCUUGACAAAUACAUUGAUUUGGGGUGUA